GAAGAUUCGUCUGAGUUCAAACUUCAGAGGUUUACGUCGAACUUUUGUACUCAUUUUGUCUAAAAAAUGUCAGGGCAUGGGCACAGUCACGGAGGAUGUUCAGGGGGACAUGACCACGACCCGCCGGAUCGAGGGACGGAGUUCUCGCUGUACACAAAGAUCGAUACGGACCGAGUGGAGUGUUUGAAUGAAGUCACGAACGGAUCGGGGAAGCUGGUUUUUAAACCGUGGGAUCAAAGACUGGACACAGAGAAGUAUGUGGAGAGUGAUGACGAUGAGGAACUGCUCUUCAAUAUUCCGUUCACUGGCAACGUGAAACUCAAAGGAGUGAUUGUGAUAGGAGGGAAUGAAGACAGCCAUCCAGCAGAAAUGAGAUUAUACAAGAACCAGCCCAACAUGACCUUUGACGAUACGCGGAGCGAUCCGGACCAAGUCUUUGAGAUGCAGCGCGACACGUCAGGAAUCCUGGAGUACAACACAAAGAUUGCGCGGUUUUCCAACGUCAACCACCUCUCUAUCCAUUUCUCCAAGAACUUCGGAGCCGAGACAUCGAUAGUGUAUUACAUCGGCCUGCGAGGGGAAUUUACAGAGGCUCAGCGACAAGGGAUCAUGAUCGCCCAAUACGAGGCGUACGCCAACCCGAAAGAUCACAAGACGUCCCUAUUUGACAAUGUACAGCACGAGAUCAGUUAGCCUUCAGCAUUAAAAUUACAAAAUAAUUACUAAGCAAUCCAUGCAGGGCCGUCGCCAGAGGGUGGGGGGGGGGGGGUGAAACCCUCCCAUUACUGUCGGCAAAUCCAUAAUUGUCCGCAAAUUUGUGAGUUGAGGGCCUUUUUAUAUAUUUUUUUUACUGUUGUCGGUAAAUUAUGAAAUCUGAGGACCAUUUUUUUUAGGCUUGUCAAAUAUUUCAUUGCAAGUGUGUUGGCAAAUUUGUUGCAGUAAAUUUGAGGACUUUUUUUUUUUUACUUGUCGAACCUUUUGUACGCAAACUUGUCGGCAAAUUUGGUCCGACCCCCCCCCCCCCCAUUGAAAAUGUUCUAGUGACGCCCCUGAAUCCAUAAAUGAUGUCAAAUUAUGGAUGAUUCAUGUCCCCAAAUUGUGUUGUAUUAUAAAAUCACAGUCAAAAAAGGUAUACUUGAUAACGCAUGUGUGCUUAUAUAUAUAAAUGUAUUUGGAACCUUUAAAAGGCUACAGAUGUGUGAAGGAGAUGUUAAAAGUUUCCGAUUAAGGACAAUUAUGCAUGUAUUUGCAGCGAAACAUAUCAAUCAUUCAAGUUUUAGUUAUUCUCUGAAUAUCUACAGGGAUGCCCAGAAAGAAAAGGACUUAUCACAGUGUUUUUUUCUAGCACUCCAAAACUUCAUGUAACUGAGCCAUGCGAUGGAUUUUUUUAUUUCAAUAAUGAAAUUUUGUUGUCCAUCUUUAUGUCCCAUUCGCCUUCCUUUCAGUCUUCAUAUCGCAAUAUAACUUAGUGAAAUUCAUUUUCAUGGCUGCCUUCUAUUUUGCAGUUUGAGAAAAACUGAAUGUGUAUAUGGACUCAAGCUGUACAUUUUUGUGUGGUUGCAUGUAUUUCCAUAAAACAAAAUAACAGUGAGUGUUAAUAUAGCCAUUAAAAGCCCAAGAGGAAGCAAAAUAAGACCCAUAUGAUGGAUGUUAAAAUUUUUGUUAAACUCAUGUUUCAC